GGAGAAGUCCAGACAACAUUUGGUGACUGCAAAGGCAAACGUAUCCUUGGCCUUGUUGCCAGUGAGGAGGAGCUUUUGCAAAGAAGCGGACAUAAAAGGAAAAUAAGAUCACAGGGAUUGACGGGAAGUAAUUUUAAGUACGAGAGCGCUAGUGCUGAAAGUAUGAUCUGGCUAAGCUUGCGAAAAUACGGCUGGAUGAGAAAAAGUGAUGAUGGAAAGAGGAGAAAAAUGGGUCGCUUCGCCAUGCCGAACGUAUCUUCACUCCAUAACUCCAGCUAUCCCGACAAGACACGAGUGCCGAUUGGAGAGGCAACAGCAUUUGACGACAAGCGUUUUGCAGAAGACCUCCAAGCUGGCCACCACAAGCUAGCUGGAUCUUGGUUCCUUCGUACAUUCAGCGCUCACAGGCUAUGUGCCGUACACCUCAGUCAAACCAGUGUAUGGAGCGGUACUCAGACUCGGACGACUACAGAAGGGUUGCUAGCAGCAGGAGAUGGGACCUGCAUCUCUGAAGAAACCCGAAGUCCGCUGACAGAAGAAGGCUUGAUGAAACUACUGAGAAAGCCACAGAUGGGACAAGAAAGAUAUAUGUGGGUUCACUGGGCGAGGCGGAUUGCAGCAUCAAACUCCGUUAUGCAGACAUAUCCACAUGUGAGGGACUCAAGCCGACUUCCGCCGCCGACGAUCACAACAAUCGAAUUCCUGCACACACCAUGCACAUUUAGAAUUCUGAUGGCACUCGCACUUUGUCUGCUUGGUUGUAUCACAGCAGUGUUGGUGUGUAUUUUUAUGACUUAUAAUAAGAUGGGGAUGAAGGGAGAUGCAGGUGAGCAGACAAGUAAGCGUGUGGGGGAUGGGAUGGGCAUUGGUGUAUUGGUGCUAAUGUUAGAAGGGGUGGGAUUUUGGAUCUGGAUCGCAUUUAGUUAAUGGGAAAGGGAGGAUGAACAGGGUAUAGAAGGUGUCGAUGACUUGUACAUAGCCAGG